AUGGCUCAAUUGAAAUUUGAGGAUGCUAUGCACAAUGCCCCCAAUGCUGGAGAAUUAGCUCAGGUUACUGAGCUAGUCAAAGCUACCAAGAUGGAGCUUGAUCAGGCUCGGGUUCAGGUCUCUGAACUUCAAGCCGAGGUCGAGAGACUUGGUUCCAAGGCCGACAUUCAGCAAGGGAAGAUCGAGAGUCAAGCGAUCGAUAUCCAGGUGAAGGGUAGGAAGAUUGCUGAGUUGGAUUCUGCUCGGAAGAUAGCUGAGUAUCAGGUCAGGGAGCUGAUUACUUCAUCUCAAGACAACCUGAGGAACAAGGAAGUCGAGGUCAAGCUAGCCGUUAGGAGAGGAAAGAGGGAGGUAGCUGAAGCUUAUAACAAGAUCUUAGCUUCCGUCAAGGAGAAGUUCUCCAAGAAGAAGGAUGAGGUUGACCUUCAGAUUUACGCUCAGGAGCUUCAGGCAAAUACCGAGCUCCUGAAAGAUAUGCUGAACAACGAGAUCAAGAGUGCUGAAGAAGAGUACAAUCGUUUGAUGGCUCUGAUGCCGGAAGCGGCUGCUGCGUACGAAAAGGUUCAAGUCUCAGAUUUCUCGAUCACCCCAGUCGAAACCACCCCGGGAGAUGACGAUAAGGAGAUGGAGGAAGAAGUUCCUGACAAGGAGAAUGAACCAGUCGAGGCAGAUAAGUAUGUUGAGAAGAGUUCUGGUGAUAAGGAAGGUUAA